UCAAGCUCGAGAAAUGUGAAAAUAAUAUGUCAAUACGAGUCAUUGGACCUGCGCAAUCGCGCCCAUUCUCCCUUUCAACGACGCAAUAACUUGCGGCUCUGAACGUACUCCCACGCGUGCGCGUCAAUUCCCAAUGCACCAUGUUAGUAUUCAAGUGACAUGUACCACAUAGUAGAAUCUCGCCUUGAAGCUGAUCCAUGCCUCGCAACAAGCACCGUCUAUACAUCGCACUCCACCAUCGCAACUCAAAGCCAGGAUUUCACUUCGCUCUCGUGCUCUCACCCAAGCAAGAAACUCGCAAUACGUCCAUCCAUGACUGCCACAUAUACCACACCGUCAACACAAUCCAAUCAGGCGUCAAAUUCAAUCUCAACGGCAUGCCAGAAUGGCGGUACGAAAAUAAAGCUGCCAAUGGUCUUCGAGAAGGUAUGGUCAUAGGAAGGGUACUCAUCGCAAAGCUGCCUGCACACGAACCGUUGGUCACGCAGGCAGAGCGCAUAAAUGAUAUCCUUGCGCAAGUCCCACUCGUGCAGAAUGAUGCACAGUGGAAUUGCCUAGUGUGGCUGAUCGAAGCAUUAGCUGCGCUGCGAGCCAAAGAGGGCGACUUUAGCACGAUUCCAGAGGUCACAGUCGGAGGCCAGACGGAGGGCAAAAUAAAGGCGUUCGGCGACAUGGCCAAGGAUAGCGUUUUGAAGAGGUCAGGCUCGCUGCCUGACUGCGCUAGCGAUCUGCCGCACAUCGACAUGAGAGUUCGUCAAAAAUGAGGAGGGCCAGGUACAAGAUACCGUUCAUAAGAAGAUGUAUGCCCAUUUGCAUAGGUGCUUGUCGUAUCAAGAUGACAAUCUCCUCCGG